GAAACGCCUUCUUCCCAGCUGCGCCUGACUGGCCUUCAGCCUCCCUGCACAACUAAUAAUAAUAUAUACAAAUAAAUGAAAAAGGCGAAAAAGCCCGGGGCGGGAGAGGAGGUGGAUGGCGACGUUCCCGGUUUUCUAAUCCCACCCCGCCAAGCCUGCUAGGGCGGGCCUGUUGUGGCUACCCCGGGGCAGCGGCGGGGCUGGCAGAGGGCGGGCCAUGCCCUGACUGAGGACGGCAAAGUUAGCCAAGUCGCGGGGCCGCCUCCGUCUGAGACACAACACGCACACGCACAUACACCAGGCGCGACUCGGCAUGGCCCGGCUCGGCGGCGGCGGCGCCUCUUUCCCGCCCCCUUCCUCCUCCUCCUCCUCCAGCCGGUGGUGGUCCUGCUCUUGGGGGCUUUUCCUUCUCUGGGCCGUGGCAGAAACUCGAGCAGAUACUCACUAUGCCACCGUAUAUUGGCAGAAAACUGAGAAGACCUUCCAGGUUAAGGAUGUAUUGGAUAAGAAUGGUGAUGCUUAUGGCUAUUAUAAUGACACUGUACAGUCUACAGGAUGGGGGGUUCUUGAGAUCAAAGCAGGCUAUGGUAACCAGCCCAUAAGCAACGAAGACCUCAUGUAUGCUGCAGGUUACUUGGAGGGCUAUCUCACUGCUUCACACAUGUGUGACCAUCUUGCAAACCUAUAUACACAGCUGAUUAAGAAUGUCCUCAUUGAGAGAAAAGUUAAAGAUUUUAUGCGGAAACAAGAUAAGUGGACCAGACAACAAAUUAAAAAACACAAGAAUGACCCCUUCUGGAGACAUGCCGGGUACAUCAUUGCCCAGUUGGAUGGGCUGUACAUGGGAACAGUGGAGUGGGCUAAGCGACAGCAAAAAACACCUCUCACUCCCUUCCAAGUCUAUUUCCUGAAUGCAGUUGGAGAUCUGCUUGACCUCAUUCCUGCCUUAUUCUCAGGUUCAGCAAUGACUAAUUUAAUGACAGGAGACUCUACACAGUACCUAUGGGAUAUGGGCCAUUGCUCUGCUCUGAUUAAGGUCCUCCCUGGAUAUGAAAAUAUAUUAUUUGCUCAUUCUAGCUGGUUCACAUAUGCAGCCACUUUGAGAAUCUAUAAGCACUGGGACUUUAGAGUUGAUGAUCCACAAACGAGCUCAGGCCGUGCUUCAUUCAGCAGUUACCCAGGUUUUUUGGUAUCCCUAGAUGACUUUUACAUACUUGGCAAUGGCUUGAUCAUGUUGCAGACCACAAACAGCGUAUACAACCAUUCCCUUCUCAAACAAGUGGUACCUGAGAGUCUCUUUGCAUGGCAGAGAGUCCGCAUUGCCAACAUGAUGGCCCACUGUGGAAAGUCCUGGGCACAAGCCUUCGAAAGGGAAAAUUCUGGUACUUAUAACAACCAGUACAUGAUACUGAAUACAAACAGGGUCAAACUGCAAGAGAGUCUUGGUGAAGGAACCCUCUAUGUCGUUGAACAGAUCCCAAAACUUGUGGAAUAUUCUGAUCAGACAAGUAUUCUCCGUAAAGGAUACUGGCCUUCUUACAACGUCCCUUUUCAUGAAAAUAUCUACAAUCUGAGCGGAUAUACAGAGUAUGUUGAAAAAUACGGCCUAGACUUCUCUUAUGAGAUGGCUCCCAGAGCAAAAAUCUUCCGACGGGACCAAGGGAAAGUGACUGACAUGGAGACCAUGAAGCACAUAAUGAGAUACAACAACUACACAAAAGAUCCCUAUACAAGGCACAAUCCCUGUAAUACCAUUUGCUGCAGGGGAGACCUGAACCCUGAGUCUCCAAUGCCAGCUGGCUGCUAUGACUCCAAGGUAUCAGACCUCUCAAUGGCUACGAACUUUGCAGCCUAUGCCAUUAAUGGACCAACUGUGGAAGAGGACCUGCCUGUGUUCAGCUGGACGCGUUUCAACAAAACAAAGCACCAGGGCUUGCCAGAUUCAUAUAACUUUGAUUUUGUCGUUAUGAAGCCAGUGCUGUGAAAUAAGCAUCAGAAGGUUUAACAUCUAGGGAGGGGGAAAUAAGUUUAAAAAAAAACAACUACGCUUUUACUGCCAUACCAAAUAAACUGGCCUGUGCCCACCUGGGA